AUGGCCGAUAUUAGAACCCAAGGGCUGAAACAGCCCGUUGACGUUGUUGAAUACCUCUUCAGAAGGCUUCACGAAAUCGGGGUUCGUUCCGUCCACGGUCUCCCUGGGGACUUCAACCUUGUUGCCCUCGACUACCUCCCCGAGUGUGGUCUGAAGUGGGUUGGCAACGUCAACGAGCUCAACGCCGGCUAUGCUGCCGAUGGUUACGCCCGUGUCAAAGGCAUUUCGGCCAUUAUCACCACCUUCGGUGUCGGCGAGCUCUCGGCCAUCAACGCUCUCGCCGGCGCCUACUCAGAACACAUUCCCGUUGUCCACAUUGUCGGAUGCCCGUCUACCAUCUCCCAGAAGAACGGCAUGCUCUUACAUCACACUCUGGGCAACGGUGACUUUAACGUCUUUUCCAACAUGAGCUCUCAGAUCUCAUGUGACGUUGCUCGUCUUAACAACCCAGCUGAAAUCGCCAAUCAAAUCGACCAUUCUCUGAGAGAGUGCUGGAUCCGCAGUCGCCCCGUCUACAUCAUGCUUCCAACCGAUAUGGUUCAGAAGAAGGUCGAGGGCGAGAGGUUGCAGACGCCAAUAAACAUGGAGGAGGCCACCAAUGACCCCGUCAGAGAGGACUACGUUGUCGAUGUAAUUCUUAAGAGCCUCCACGCUGCAAAGAGGCCCAUUAUGCUCAUUGACGCUUGCGCCAUCCGCCACCGCGUUCUGCCCGAGGUUCAUGCACUCCUCGAGAAGACCAAAAUCCCCGUCUUCGUCACACCCAUGGGCAAGGGUGCCGUCAACGAAACCCAUCCCAACUAUGGUGGUGUAUAUGCCGGGACUGCUUCGCAACCCCACGUUUCUGAUCGUGUGGAGUCUUCGGAUCUUAUUCUAUCAGUUGGUGGUCUUAAGAGUGAUUUCAACACAGCUGGAUUCUCCUACCGGACAUCCCAACUCAAUACCAUUGACUUCCACAGCACGCACACUAGGGUGCGCUACUCUGAAUAUCCCGGAAUCACUAUGCGUGGUGUCCUGCGCAAGGUUACCGAGCGCCUUGACCUGAGCCAACUUACCAUCACGACAUCUCCGGAAGUAAUCAACAGGGUGCCCAGCCCGGACUCGGACCCUUCCCAAGCCAUCACCCAGGCCUACCUGUGGCCUAGAGUUGGCAACUAUCUCCGCGAGAACGACAUUGUAGUCACCGAGACUGGAACGGCAAACUUCGGUAUCUGGGAUACCAAAUUCCCUGCCGGGGUCACGGCUUUGAGUCAGGUCUUCUGGGGAAGUAUCGGCUGGUCAGUUGGCGCCGCGCAGGGUGCUGCGCUUGCUGCCAAAGAUGCAGGUCAGGAUCGCAGGACCAUUCUGUUUGUUGGUGACGGCUCCUUCCAGCUCACGGCACAGGAGGUCACCACGAUGCUUCGACACGGCUUGCAUACGACGAUUUUUGUCAUCUGCAAUGACGGAUACACCAUUGAACGUUUCAUCCACGGCAUGGAGGCCGAAUACAACGACAUCGUCCAGUGGCAGUACAAGGAGCUCGCAACAGUGUUUGGAGGCACUGAUAAGACGGCCAAAAAGUUUGUCGUCAAGACCAAGGACGAGUUGGAGAAGCUCCUGACCGACAAGGACUUCAACAACCCUACAGCACUGCAAUUUGUAGAGCUUUAUCUCCCAAAGGAGGAUGCUCCGAGAGCUCUCAUUAUGACUGCAGAAGCAAGUGCCAGAAAUAACGCGAGGGCCGAGUAG